AUGCCGGACCACGCGCCGCCUGAAGCCGUUGCAGAUGCCGGAGCGUCACGGCCGCCUGUGACGCCGACUACACCAAACAGCCCCUUCACCGGCUCGUUCACGGGAUCUUUCCCAGCACGGUUAUCCCCAGCGCGGAGCUUUAACUUGCACGCCCUUGGCUUCAACACGUCCCCGCUGGGCCCACUGGACCGCCGCAUCUCGUUUUAUGGAGGCGAUGGCGAUACCGACAGCGAUGGCAAUAGUGACAACAGCAAAGAAGGCGGUGGUAUUGAUCGUCCGUUGGAGGGCUCCAGCAACGAUGGCAGCAGCCUCAACAACGACCAUGUCCGAAGGGGCUGGCAAACGGGCGACGAUGGCCGAGACAGCGACAGGCAUGGCCUGGACGAUCCAAUUGCACUUGAGGAACGCAAGGACGUGUUGAUCGACCGACUCAACGACAUGGUCCGUCAUGUUACCUCCUAUGCGCCGUCGUCACCCUCUCUCUCCAACCGGAGCGCCUCGACGUGGAACUCGCCGGUCAAGAGCACGUCGGCCGAGUCGCGCCCUACCGACGACGGAACGGUACUCGGUGCGCUGCAUGCCCACGUCGAUGAGAUGGAGGCCGUGCUGGCCGCGGCACAGGCAGCCGAGGCAGCUGCGGCAGCAGCUUCGCCUCGGAGACACCGUCACCAUCCCCAUCACCACCAUCACUACCCAUGGCAGCGACCCGAGCGUAGAUCGCGUAUGUCAACGCCUAGCGUGGUGAGUGAUAAGAGCCCGGGUUUGCAGGGGCAAACAAAAUGGAACACGGCUAGGAGAACGACUCUCGCUGCGGCCCCGAUACUGUUUCGUGGCCCUUCGUCGUCAUUUAGAGAGACGCCUCCGCCAAGGCCGGAUGAGGUGGCUGAGAUGGCUGAGGUGGCAGUGGUGUCCGGCAAGGCAGGGCAGGUCGAUCCACCUGUUAUAGGCGCUGUUGCUGUGAACAGCGAGGCUCUCGCCGGUGAUCUCUCUGCCGUGUUGUCCAAUCUUUUGAAAAGACGACAAGAAUCAGAGACGAUCCAGGAAGCACUUCUCCAAAACCUUGCCGCGGCCAAUAGCCGCACGGCCAAGCUGGAAGCUCAGAUCCGAGAAUUAACGGCAGCCACACACCAGAACAGUGAUGCGGAUGACAUCUGCGACGACGAUGAUAAAGCCGGUGACGAUGAAGAGACGGCAACAGAGACGGCAACUGAAAAGGGUGCAGACGAUGACAACACGAACAAUGACAACACCGUUAAUCCGUCCCUGGUCGACCGCCUAGCGGACCUCGAUGACCUUGGCUCGGAGCUGUCAUUUCUCCGGCUACAGUUGCGCGGGAUCGAAGUACGGUGCCGGUCGUAUGUGCCGGCCGACGCCGACCCGGAGCUCACAGAGAGCAUCGAAAAUUGGAAGGCGGACUGGUCAGCACUUCGGGCCAAGGUAGACGAAGAGCGGCGAUCUACGACGACAAGCAUGAACACGAGCAUGAAUCUGCUAGACAAAAGUGGCAGCCACUCAUACAACAGCAUGGACGAUCUGAACAGCACAUUCUAA